AUGCAGAGGGGGACUCCGGGCCCGCGUGAUUCCCCCCGCCCCACCAUGUACAGAAGCAGCUACCUGCGCGAGGUGCGCAAGGAGAAGUACGAACGUUCAGACGCGUUUGAAGAGCUGCCAGAUUCGCCGGAGUUCGGCAGCCUGGCUCAGGCACAAGGCCUGGAGAACCUACAGGAGCUCAAUGAACGGUUUGCCAACUACAUCAACCGGGCCCGGGUCCUCGAGCAGCGCAAUGCCAUUUUCCGCAAGCAGCUGGAGACCUUCCAGCGCAUGGAAGAACUGGCGGGGUUGGAAGAGGCGUUUGCGGCCCAGAUCGACCUCAACCGCCAGCGGGUUCGUGAACUGGCCGCAGACCGAUCCAAGCUGGAACGCGAAGAGAAAGACGCACAGCGUAUGCUGGAUGAAUUCCGUAACAAGUAUAGAAAUGAAUGUGAGUAUCAGCAAAUGCUGAAAACGACCCUGGAACGCCUUAACAAGGAAGCCGACGAAGCUUUGUUAUGCAAUUUGGAGCUACAGAUCGAACUGCAGUUCUCGCAGGAUGACGUGAAUGCCGCCAAGGACAGAUUCAAGAAGAACCUGACGGAAGUACAGACCUAUGUCAGUAUUUUGCAACAGAUUGUGCAAACCGCCCCUCGGGUGUCUACCCUCACAGCGGGAGCCAAUGAGGAGAAGCUGAUAACCGAGAGGAGGAUACCGAUCCUGCAGAGCCAGUUGGAGGAAUACAAGAGCAUCCUUGGCCAGCUCCAGUCUCAGAAAGCGAAGCUGCACACAGAGACCAGCAUGCUGGAGCAGGCCAUUAAGAACACCCAGGAGAGCUACGAAGAUGAGAUCCAGCUGUACAACGAGCAGAUCGAGACGCUGAGGAAGGGCAUCGAAGACGCCGAGAGGACCUUGGAGAAGUACACCAACGACUGCCGCCAGCUCUCCAUUUACCAGCAGUCCCUGGAGAACGAACUCCAGCGCUACAAGCGGAUUAUUGAAAACGAGGACAGCAGGUUGAAUUCUGCCAUCGUUGGAACUCCCGUGACGCUAUUCACACAGAGUUACAAACCCCCGCAGAUGCCAACUCUGAGAGGAAGAGACAUUACCUUGGUCAUGCAAGACAUUGCCAGUGCAAAGCCAAGACAGAGAAGUCUUCCGAAGAAAAUUUCAAGGAGGAAGGAGAUCACACCUAAAGACCUCACCCACGAUGCUUCAUCUGAAAAAACGUAUGACCAAACCCUGGAAGGCUUUGAUAUGGAUCAGCUGGAUUUGACGCGUGAAGACCUGAUGGGAGAAAGUGAGGUUGGGAAAGAAGGAGGAGAAGGAGAUGAGCAAGAAAGGAUUGCAGAAGAUGUGCCUGAUGGAGCCCAGAUAAGCAAAGCUUUCGAUAAACUGUGCAAUAUAGUGAGAGACAAAAUCAGAGGCUACCGGAGACCAGGAUCCAAAACUGACGUCUAUACUAAAAAACGUUACGUGCUCGUCACAGGGGAGGGAAGUUACGAGGACCCCUGUUUCUUCUCUUCGUCCGUUCCUUCUGGAGGUGGGAUCACCGUUUCUGAAGAGAAGAUGCCAAGCGGAGCGGAUGUCAAACCCAUCCUGGAGUUACCCGAACCCCCAGAAAGUGACCGAAGCAAACUGGAAGCCCGUGAGACACCGGAGGGACCCAAGACACAGGAAGAGAUGAAAUAUAAAUACAAACCGGAAGGCGGAGAGAAGGAAGGCGAAUCUGAGCAGCAGAAAGAAUCCGAAGAAAGAGAAGGAGAGCCUACGAAAGAAGCCGGCGUCUUAGAACCCAAGCCAGCUCCCAUGCUAGGCCCGCCUGGUCCAGCUGAAACAGGAAUAUGCGUAGGCGGAGAGUAUGCCAGAGCCGUUGGCCCUUCUUUCGAAGAACUGGGGGCCCCAAGUUCCAUGAGCUACGAGAAGGUCGAGGUCGUGGAAUCCAUCGAGAAGUUCUCAGACAACAAAAUCCAGACGUACGAAGAGACUGCGAUGAUUGUGGAGACCAUGAUCGAGAAGACCAGUAAGAAGAAGACAGGAGACAAAAGCUGUUGA